GAUUUAAGAAAAUAUCCGAAAAUUAGGAAUUGUUGUCCUUGUGAUGCUUAAUAAAAUGUUGGUUUUGGUUUUUACUAUCGUCUUUUACUCUCAAUAUGGGCCAGGAUCCUAAAACCCCAGUCUUUCAAUUUGUUCCCAUUUUUAAACUCAUAAAGUUUAGCAAAAUCUUUUCUUUAAUGCAGGAGGUAGGGACGGUUGUGGACGGUUGAGGACGGUUAAGGACGGUUGAGGAUGGUCCAACGGCUUGAAAUGGAUGUAAUAACAUGUCUGUCCCUUCCACCCUAACCUUUACAGUAGAAUUCAAUUUGUUUAACAUACUGUCCUUAAAAAGCUGGACUUGGGGGAUGCACCCCACACCUCUAUAAUAGAGGUCGUUGACCUCCGAUCCAAAAUAGUGUUCUUGAUUCGUAUAGAUGAUCACAUUAAUAUGCUGCAUGCAAAAUUUCAGCCUUUUUUAUCACAAUUUUUAGGACCAAAUGCAGCCUGUAAAUAAUUUGGUGUCACAAAGUGUAAAAUUGAUCCCAUUAUUUCGGCUUUGGCCGCCGAAAAUGGCCACCUUAAUUCCCUAUCACUUGCGGUUCUAAAAAUAAAAACAUAACAAAAAUCUAUUAUUAAGUUUUGUGAAAAUGACAAAAUUGAGUGUUUUUAGCUUUAAAAUUUCAAUAUAAAGGGGAAAUAAUAGUGAUGGUGGAUAACACGUCCUCCCCUCAAUCCAUGUUAGUCAAAAAUAGCCUACUCUAGGGUUAAAUCUACCCAUCCCUUGUCCUUUUUAAUGCCGGUAUUUUUGUACAAUUGUACAUGAAGUCAAUUGUAGUGUUCUUGGUAGUCAACUGUAGUUCUAAUGAAAGUCAACUUUAGUCCUUAUGGUAGUCAACUGUAGUCCUCUUGGUAGUCAACUAUAGUUCUUAUGGUAGUCAAUUGUAGUCCUUAUGGUAGUCAAUUGUAGUCCUUAUGGUAGUCAACUGUAGUUCUUAUGGUAGUCAACUGUAGUCCUUAUGGUAGUCAAUUGUAGUCCUCUUGGUAGUCAACUGUAGUUCUUAUGGCAGUCAAUUGUAGUCCUUAUGGUAGUCAAUUGUAGUCCUUAUGGUAGUCAACUGUAGUCCUCAUGGUAGUCAACUUUAGUACUUAUGGUAGUCAACUGUAGUCCUCUUGGUAGUCAACUGUAGUUCUUAUGGCAGUCAAUUGUAGUCCUUAUGGUAGUCAAUUGUAGUCCUUAUGGUAGUCAACUGUAGUCCUCUUGGUAGUCAACUGUAGUCCUCUUUGUGGUCAACUGUAGUCUUCUUGGAAGUCAAUUGCAGUCUAUUCUGAAUUCUAUGAUUGACGUAUUCAAGGUAUUCUUUAGUAAUUCUGAAGCAACAACCCUGUCCUGGGAAGAAAUUAAAUUUAAAAAAGAAAUUCAAUUUAAGAUUUGAAAAGAUGGCCCCAUAUUCCUUGUUGUUUUCACAGCUUUCAGAUCAGGGCCUAAUGCAGUCAGCUGUUAUUAAAACUGUGGAAAAUCUUAAGAAGGAGAAGAAGGAGAAAAUAAGGGGGCUCAGCACCAAUAUGGAACCUAAGGUUAAAGUGUUCGCAACAUCAGCACCAAGUUUCUUCUCUAUGGGGCCUGAAGAGGAGGUUUUUGAUAUUGAGCUGGAUGCGGGCCUAACUAGACACUCAGUUGGUUUGACCUCCGGGUGUAGUCCAGUUUUUGAUUUCAGGAUUGAAAACAGGGGAGCCAAAACACCAGGACCAAAACCUAGGGCGAAGGCCAUUACUCCCAAAGCGCCGAAAGUGAGGCGUUUAUCUCAAAGUAAAACCUGGAGUGGAAAAAAAACUUCCUUUAAGUGUGAGGAAGUGAUGGAGUAUGCUGUUGAUACCUAUCUUUGGAAGCGCCAACUUGAACCCAAGUAUAUGGCAAGCAUUGGUUUAGCAGAUGGAACUGAUGUUACAGCAGAGACCAGACACACUCUUCUACAAUGGUUGUCCAACAUUGCCAGGCAGCAUGGAUUUAGUCUGGAAACUUGGUGUCUUAGUGUUAAUUAUUUGGACAGAUUCCUUGGUGUCCAGGCCAUCGACAGAGAGCUGCUUCAGCUCGCAGGAGUUACAUCCCUACUUCUUGCUGCAAAACUGGAGGAGCAAAACCCACCAGAGAUAUUCAAACUUGUAAAACUGUGUGCUGCUUCAUAUUCAAAUGUUGACUUCAAACAUAUGGAGGUGAUAAUGCUGAGCAAGCUAAACUUUAUGCUGCUGGCUCCUACUGCCUCCUUCCUUCUCAACCAUCUUGUUCAAGUCAGGGGAGAGAAAGAAUGGCCACUUGAUCUUUCCAGGCACAUGGUUGAGAUGUGCUUGUGUAUGUUUAGGCACAUGGUUGAGAUGUGCUUGUGUAUGUUUGGGCACCUGGUUGAGAUGUUCUUUUCUAUGUUUACGCACAUGGCACAUGGUUGA